AGUGUCUUCCCGUGGAUUGCGAUCAGUUCGAGUGGCACCGCAUGCAGCAAUAGACACGGUCUUAUUAAGAGGGAAAUUGGAAUAUUCUAAUGUACGGCGUUCAUUAUUAAACCCAACUGCUUUGGAGCUUUGCGAAUCUUCACAGCGGAACGAAGGGGAAGGCCAGCUGUCAGCGAUAAUCAUGAAGGUUAUUCUUGCUAACUUACUCGCCCUGCUCUUUCUGUGCACUUGUGCAUGUGUAUUCUACAUUUUAACCGGGCUGGAAAGCAGGUUGGAGAGGCACAGGAUGGAUUUUCACAUCCCCGGGGCAGCGUCUCCUCACCCGGGUCCCUCUCCGGACCUCCCUCCCAAAACUUUCCGGGCUCUACUUGCUGUGCCAUCGGCACAAAGACUGUACUUUGAGAACGGUGUCGAUGUUCACAACCUCAGUGGGUCGACCGACCAGUCUGACAAUUUCGGAAACAAAAGGAAUUCAAAUCUGAACGUAAACAACAGGGGGACUGUAGGAGAGGUUCCGAUCAAGAUGAACCAGCUGGUUGAGGAUGGGAUUUUUUGGAGCGAACAACUGGAGACUUGGUUGCCAGCGGGCUUCACCGAGGAACAUACUCAGAUUUGGAGAGAAAGAGUCAGAGGCUAUCCCAUUGUCUCCCUGGAACCGGGUUGUGGCAGGAUCUCUAAUCGAUUAGCCACUUUCUCCGACGGAACCAAAGCUUGCGUACGGUAUGGGAUAAACGCGGACCAGGUGCAAGGGGAGACGCUGACAUAUUACCUGGCCAGUUUACUCGGUAUUCCGAACCUGCCGCCUCUCGCCCUCUCGCAGUUGAACCCAGACAGCGAACAAUGGGCGUCAGUGAAGGGUAGCAUCGCGAGCUUGCAGUGGACGGGUAAAGCGAUCGUGUCUCUCACCGAAUGGGUCGCCAACUUGACCGGAGUUGUCACUCCGGCCCCUCUCCGACAAGAGGGCAAAGGGCUGCACCCUUUGAAGGAGGAACUGGAGAACAAGACAAUGGGGGAGCUGCUGGAGCUGAUGCAGUGGUCCGACCUUAUUUUAUUCGACUACCUGACGGCUAACUUCGACAGGCUCGUUAGCAAUCUUUUCAGCCUCCAGUGGGACUCGCGGGUGAUGGAGAGAGAUACCAGCAACCUGCACAAAACGCCCAGCGGCGACCUGGUUUUCAUUGACAACGAAGCCGGGUUGGUUCACGGGUAUAGGGUGCUCCAUAUGUGGGAGAAGUACCACAGCACGCUCAUGGGCUCUGUGUGCAUUUUCAGGAAGAGGACAGCGCAGCGCGUGAUAGAGCUGCACCGGCUGAGAGACACACGGACGCGGCUGCUGGAGCUCUAUCGGGAUAGUGAACCUUUGGCUCCUGAAUUGGGCUUUCUUUCCGACGAACACGCUGGGAUUUUGCAAAACAGAAUUGACAGGCUGUAUAAACACAUACUACACUGUAAGGGCAAAUACAGCCAAUUAUAAACAUCUCGUUUCGUGUCUCCCGUCGGCCGAGAGAACGCUUUUUUCCCACCCAAAAAAGUCGUCUCUUAGACACCUGUGAUAAGUUAUGGAGCUUCACGCUCACUGUGUUAGAUCUGCUGAAACAACUUAAUGAUCUACCUCCUAUGAAAAUAAGAAACUUACUGUCGACUUUUCAUAUUUAAAACUUAUCACGUUGAAAUUGUUAGGCUUUUUCGUGUAGGAAACGCCAUGCUUUGCAUCUAAUUAAGCCUUAAAAACGAUAAACGUAUUGCAAGCAUCUGUCACUUGAUGUAGCAGUCUUCUGUGAUACACUAUUUAAGUUGUAAUAUGCAGAUUUACACGCAACAACGGAUCUUCAGUGUAAUUUUGUUCGAGCUGUCAUGAAUACAGCGGAUUGUUACAAAAAGUUUGAUUGUACUUUACCAGAACAAAGCAACUCUUAAAUUAACAGUAGCCUUAUUGUAUUGUAUAGGUGGGCGUUGGACGCAUUCUUUAGUUAAAGCCUUACUGCGAGACGAGGGAGGGAGUUGUACAAAGACAAAGAAGCCUUAAUCUGCAGGUUAGUAAAGAAAUUAUUUAGAAUGUGUUGAUAGAGUAGCUAUUGAUGUGUACGAUGAUAUCACAGUCAUUAUGCACAAUUAUUUAUUUUUUGUUUGUUUUAAUGAAAGGUGUUGUAAAUUAUCAACCAAACAAAACUGUUGAAAGAUGACAUAUUGACUGAAUAUUAGGAUUGUAUUUCCCGCCUUAAUUCAGAUAUAAAUAUCUGUAGGAAGUGUUAAUCUUGUGAAAUCCAGUGAACUACUGUAGUUAUUUUUUGGUAGUAUAAUUGUGCUCAACUAACCUUCCUAAUAUUGCAACAUUCCAGUUCUCCUCUCCUUUCGGCCCCAAUUAUUUGCAGUGAGUUUCUGUUUUCAUUUCAUGUAGGACUUCAGUUCCUCUCAUGCUUACACGGAAUACCACAAAUGUGAUGUGUCAUGUACCAGGAUUCUGUCAUCUGGUUAAAGGAUUCGUCAUAUGUACCUCUCCCUCUAAAAUACAACCUGGCAGUUCACUUUAUCUUAGAAACUUUUUGUUAAACAUUUCCUUUCUGGCAGUUAGACCACAGCUCUCCGGAGAUUCUCCAUACAAACUAUUUAAGAAAAUAUGAUUUUAAACAUUAAAAACUAAUCUAAUAUAAUUAUGGCCAUUUUGUUUAAAAUUAGCUUUUGCCAAAAGAAAAGAAAUCUAGACAGAGGCAUUAUAGGUCCUCAGGGGACAAAAACAGAAUGCACAUUUUUUAGAAGGGGUUUAAUUUAUAGUCACUCUACUGCCUGUGUUGGCCCAUAAACACUAUUGUCCAACCAGAGGGGCGGUGGUGUUUUUUUCCCUGCUGUCCAGUGUUGACUCGGUCCAUAGAUUUUGGACCCAUGACCGUGCACACACCACAGAUGGCUGUUUCGCAGCUUUGCAGUCCCAGGGUACAGAAGGCGUAACGCCUGCCACUCUGCUGAGUGUUUUUUUUUUGAUCACCGGAGCAGAACACCAUUCUCUCAGAGCACCCUCACAGGGAAACAUUUUGGCAAUGGACUGUACCCAUCACUUCAAGCAUUGCGCCAUGCUCUCCUGUUCCACUCUCCAGUUGUUAACCAGCAAGCUCCUUUGUUGAUUUCCUAGACCUUUCAUUCACCCCCCUUUCACUUUCAAAUGUAGGAUCUGGUCAUUACAAGGAGAUGUGGCAUGACCACUGUCAGCCUCAGCCGGUGAGCCGAUGAUGAGCAGUUAGAGGAGAUGCAGGUGUUCUGCAGGUGUGCAGCAAGCUAGUGCACAAGGUUUCACUGCCACAGUAUCAGAUGGGACAGUGAGAGGGGCGGAGUGGAUCAAUAAAAGUGGCGCACUACAAAAUGGAAAGCAAGCCCUUUUCAGGAGGGAUAGAGCAGAAGUGAGAAGAAAGGGUGUCUCCAGGAUGCAUCUGCUAACGCGGCACACUCCAUCAGGUUUACACUGUAGGGGCUUGGGAGUACAGCCAGUGUGCAUCAACCAGAUGUCUCUUGCCUCACAAAAAGUGUUUGCAUCUGCUUUUAUUUGGGAACUGAACAUUUUAUUUAUAUAUAUUCUUUUUGCUUAAUUAGCUUUUUUUCACUUUUUAGCAGGAACCCUCUUAAUUUUUAUAAGGGCUGGUGUCAUUCUGGGUUUAGUUGUGCUGGCAGCUGUUAUCAAAGAGAAGUCUGCUUUCAUGAGAUUUGCUUCAUAGGGUUCUGCUUCUCCAGGUUUGUCUUGGGUUGUCAGCUUUGGCCAGACCUCAAGGAGUUCAAAACCAAAAGGGGUCGGGUGGGACCAGGAAGGGGGUUGGGUGUUGGAAGGGGCCUCAUCCGCUCUACUACCCUCUCCAUUCCUGCCCUCCAACCCCCACCAUAAAGAGCAGUCAUGUCCAUCCAGACCUCAUUAUUAGUGCCUCUUUAUCGAUAAUAGGAAAGGACAUUUAUUUAAGCCAUCUGGAUGGGAUGUUCCAAUCACCAGUAAUUCUGGACAUCAGAUACCAUCCCCUCACUGUUUCUGUCAGUGGGUGGGGCAUAAGAGCGAGACCCCAGGCUCCAAGACACACAAGUUUCCACUUAGUCCAGUCAUCCAUGCUGUGAAAGGCUCUGCAUUGCUGAGAUCCCUCAGGAAAUGUGAGGCAUCUCCACAUGCAUUGUCACACCACCCCAGCUCCAGGAAAGGGGCAUGAGUUCCAGCUGUUUACACAAACCGCCUGUCUGUAGCCAGAUUGUAAUGUUUUGUGAAGUCAUGUAUUUAUUCUAGGACAGCCAAUGUGGUUGGGCCCCAUUAGUAGUUGGGCUGUAGGUUGGCUCAAAACUGAUUUAAAUAUAAAAUAAUAAAACGAUCAAUUAUUGACACACCUUGCUUGAGGGUACAAGAGAUGGAGGCAGAGUAUCAGUGUCAUAUUGGGCACAAGUAUUAGCCGAUGUUUUCUCUGAGAAUGAAUCUCACACUUAAAAAAAACCUAUAUUUCACACUAGGACUGUCUGCACAAACAUGGCUUGUGUUUAAAAAAAACUGGACCGUAAUUGUCAAAUCCCAGAAGAUGUCAUGGCUGCUCUGGGGCUUAAGCACUGUGUGCAUGUCCAUGAGGGAGCGGACAUAUCAGGCAUUCUUCGGGCAGCGUGAAAGCACUUCCUAUGCGUGAGUGAUCUCAUUAUCGAACGCAUAUUCCAGGGGAAAGCAACUUAGCCACACUCAGCUGGGCCUGUGACUGCAGGAGGGCCAGGCCUCGCACCGUGUCAGAGGCACAGCUGUCAGUCAGAGAGAGCCAGGCCAAUUCCCAGGGUUCCUUGUGUGUCCUUUAAAUGGGCUGCCAGAGGAAAGAGCAGGCGCUAAGCUAGCCCUGCCGCUGAGAGAGGGCAUUUUCAGCAUCACCCUCCCUGGAUAAUGGUUCUCAUUUUAUCUGGUUGAUUGCCUUUAACAUUUUUCUGUAUGCACACGCGCAUACAUGUGUGUGUGUGUGUGUGUGUGUGCGUGUGUGUGUCUGUAUGUGUCUGUGUCUGUGUCUGUGUCUGCAUGUGUCAGGGAGAGUGUGAGUGCUAAAUGUGAAAGAGCGGAGAUGUUCUUACAAAAAGAAUUUUUGUUAGCUAAAUGGCUGUAAGGUCAUUUGGGUUGAAAUGCGGGGAUUUUAAUUUUUUGGGUCAGAAUCACACAAACACCCAACCAGGACAUGCCC